AUGAACUUCCUUGUAAUAGCGAAGUUUCCAGCAGAGCUGCCAACUCAGUUUGUGUCGACGGAAGGUUGGAAAAUUCCGCAGCAUAUAUUACUGGCCGAUCCUGAAUUCAACAAACCGCAACCAAUCGACUUAGUGAUCGGCAUCGAGCACUAUUUUUCAUUCUUCCCGGGAGCAGCACGUAUUCGUUUGGGACCCGAUCUUCCUCAGCUGGUAGAGAGCGUAUUUGGAUGGAUGGUUGCCGGUAAAGGUCCGGUGGAAGCAUCAAGCGUGGAAACUACGUCCACCAUCACCGUAUGUGCAUCAGUCUUUUCACUGGAGGAGAGCAUCGAGCGUUUUUGGAAAGCAGAGCAGCUGCAGAUGAAGGAUGGCUAUUCUCCGGAGGAAAGGCGUUGCGAGCAGUUGUAUGCAGCAUCAACGGAUAGGGAUGAAGCCGGUCGCUAUAUAGUUCGUCUGCCGCGUCAUCCUGACUUCGAAUCAAGGCUUGGCAGUUCUCGGGAAAGCGCUCUACGACGCUUCGAACUGCUGGAGAGAAGGUUGGAGAAAAACUGUGCGCUGAAGGCUGAUUAUCACAAAUUCAUGCAAGAAUAUCUUCAGCUCGGGCACAUGAGGCUGGUUAGUGAUAGUGAAAAGGAACCAGCAUCGGCAUAUUACUUGCCACAUCAUCCCGUGUUCAAGGAGUCCAGUACAACCACAAAGUUGCGCGUUGUCUUUGACGGUUCAUCAAAAACAUCAUCGGGAUACUCCUUGAAUGAAUCAUUGUGCAAAGGACCUGUGGUGCAGGAUGAUCUGUUGGAUUUACUGCUAAGAUUCCGUACGUACGAAGUGGCAUUGGUUGGAGACAUUGAGAAGAUGUAUCGGCAGGUGAAGCUACAUCCUGAAGAUUGCCCACUCGUACGGAUCUUUUUUCGAUUCUCGCCACAGGAUCCUGUUCAGGUGUAUGAGUUAUGUACGGUCACUUAUGGUCUUGCACCAUCUUCGUUUCUCGCAACUCGCACGUUACAACAACUUGCAGAUGAUGAAGGCAGUGCAUAUCCGUUAGCAGAUCAUGCAUUGCGAAGAAACUUCUACGUCGACGAUUUUAUUGGAGGUGCACAAUCCAUCGAGGAGGCAGCAAAGCUACGCUCAGAGCUAAGUGAUCUUUUGUCCAAGGGUGGAUUUGAUUUGCGCAAGUGGACGUCGAAUCGGCUGGAAGUAUUGAGCGGGCUCGCGGAGGAUCAACUCGGAACUAAAUCGGCUCUGCAGUUCGAUUCGCAUGAAACUGUGAAGGCACUUGGAGUGUCAUGGAAGCCGGAGAGUGACACGUUGCAUUUUGAUUGCCCUAUCCAAGCACCUAGCGAUGAGGAGGUGUCUACAAAGCGAAUGGCGAUGUCUAAUAUCGCAAGAUUAUUCGAUCCGCUGGGCAUGCUCGCUCCGGUGAUAGUUUGUGCAAAAAUUAUCAUGCAAGAGAUGUGGAUGUCAGCAUGCGGAUGGGACGUUCCACUACCGGAAGCUAUACUCAAAAAAUGGACGAGUUUUUGGGCCGAGCUACCGGCUCUUGAGCAUUAUGCAGUACCUCGUUGCACUUUCCUUCCGUUGGCAACGAAUAUCGAAGUUCACACCUUUGCCGAUGCUUCAACUGCUGCGUUCGGAGCCUGUUCUUACAUCCGAUGUGAAGAUGCCACCGGGAAGGUGCAAAUUGCUUUAAUAUCGGCCAAAAGCAAAGUGGCACCAAUUAAACGGGUAUCCGUGGCUCGCCUGGAACUCAAUGCUUGCGUUCUUGCAUCCCAUCUGCACCACCGUGUAAAGAAAGCCAUCGACAUCCAGGUUGAUGCAUCAUUUUUCUGGUCGGACUCAUCCAUUUGUUUGCACUGGAUCAGGGCGACUCCAAGUGCAUGGAAAACUUAUGUCGCAAAUCGGGUGUCCGAAAUUCAACAUUUCACUGAUGGGCAUGUCUGGAACCAUAUUGCUGGUGUGGAGAAUCCGGCGGAUAUCGUAUCGCGAGGAUUAUCGGUCAAGGAGUUUUUGGACAGUAGAGUAUGGAGGGAGGGACCGGCAUGGCUCUCGCUUCCUCGCAGCAGUUGGCCGAUAUCGAAACCCGCUGAAAUAAUUGAAAAUGAUAUACUGGAGAGCAACACAACCGUUCUUACGAUACUUGAACCUGGCAACUGUAACGAAAUAUUUUUGCGCUGGUCCGAGUACAGGAGGUUGAUCAGUAGAGUGGCGUAUUGUCUGCGAUUUAUUCGGAAAACUCGCAACCGUUUGAGGGGAAACAUCACCGUGGUUGAUAGCAGUGACAUGCUGCCUGAAGUGCUUACGGCUGAGGAGCUGGCUGAGGCUGAUGAUUGUUUGAUUCGGUUGGCGCAGCAGGAUGGAUUCGCAGCGGAGAUCAACGAGCUAAAAAAGGGGAAGCAACUGAAAAAGCAAUCUGCGUUGAGGAGACUCACCCCGUUUCUCGACGAGAAGGGAAUCUUGCGCGUGGGUGGACGACUGAAUUUUGCUAAUCUUCCGUUCCAGUCAAAGCAUCCAGCACUGCUUCCCAAGGAUCAUCCGUUCCCCAGACUGCUGGCCGAGCAUCAGCAUCAAAUUCUGCUUCAUGGUGGGGGGGCGAUUGUUGCUAUCCAGCAUCAGAGAACGCCGGUUCCCGCUCAACAGCAGAUGGGUCAAUUGCCAGCCUGCAGAGUUACGCCUGGUCGUCCAUUUGCGGUAACGGGUAUUGACUACGCCGGACCAAUCUAUUUGAAACCUGCGCACCGGCGAGCGGCCGCUCUUAAGGCAUACAUAUGCGUUUUCGUCUGUUUUGCAACCAAGGCAGUGCACCUUGAGCUGGUUGGUGAUCUAUCGACGCAAGGAUUCAUCGCCGCUUUGCGCCGGUUUACGUGCAGAAGAGGAGUUCCGGAACACUUACACUCUGAUAACGGAAAGAAUUUUGAGGGUGCUAAGAACGAGCUGCUGGAGCUAUUCGAGCGUUUUGAAAGUGAGCAGGAGCAAAGCCACAUCUCGACUGCUUGUGCUGAGCAAGGAAUCACUUGGCAUAUGAUUCCACCACGAGCACCGCACUUUGGAGGUUUGUGGGAGGCUGCCGUCAAGACCGCGAAGCGUCAUCUGUUCAGGCAACUUGGAAGCACGAGGUUAUCGUAUGAGGGAUACAUAACGGUUUUGGAUCAGAUCGAGGCAGCAAUGAACUCCCGUCCAUUGCUUCCGAUGUCGGAUGACCCCAAUGACUUGGCAGCACUAACACCUUCUCAUUUUUUAAUAGGGGCAAAGCUCACGUCCAUUCCUGAUCCAACCGAUCAGCAACUGAAGUGCACUCCGUUGGGGCAUCUGCAGAAACUCCAGUUGAUCGUGCAGAAGUUUUGGACCCACUGGAGGAAGGAGUACCUGCAAGAGAUGCUACGUGAGGCAAGAUCGAUAGACAAGAACGAUGAAUGCAUACCCGGUCGGAUGGUCAUCCUUGUGGACGAGCUACUACCCACAACACGCUGGCCGCUUGCGCGCAUUAUCGACGUUUGUCCGGGCAAGGAUGGGCUC